AUGUCGCUGCCGAUCCCGACCAGCAACGUGACCAACAAGCGAGACCUCAAGUCCAUCAAGUCGCGCGUGUUCAUCGGCAACCUAAACACGACGCUGGUGAGCAAGCGAGACGUGGAGUCCGUCUUCUCCGAGUACGGCCGCGUGAUGGGCUGCUCCGUGCACAAGGGCUACGCCUUCGUGCAGUACGCCAACCAGGGCCACGCCCUCGCCGCCGUCGCCGGCCACAACGGACGCGUCCUGGCCGGCCAAACUCUCGACAUCAACAUCGCCGGAGAGCCCAAACUGAAAGCAGAUAAACCCACCAAGCGACCAUUCGCUACACACUACCACCUAGAUUGCCAUCACUUGAGCCAAGACUUGUAUGACAGGUUGUUUGACUUCCACAGUCGGGCGUCGCCACUCAGCUCCCGCGUGGUGCCCGUCAAGUGGCCGCGUAUGUCGCCCCCUGUCGUCCGGAGGCUGUCGUCUCUUCCUGCUCAACUGUUACCGCAGAACUGCGACGCCCUACGUGCCGGAGUAACAGAGGGAGCGGUUCCACUGCAGGUCAUCAAGUCUCAGUUGACGCAAAUAAAAGAAAACAUUGACGCUCUGCUGGACCGCCUCGAGCACAUCACGCAACACGCACGCGCCACAGAUACAGUGCAAAAAGAGCGGACGAGGUCACGGCAACGCGGCGGCAACGAGGCCCACGAGGAAGAAGAGCGGGAAGUCGAGGAGGAGGAAGGCCGUGGCGAAGGCGAGGACGACCACAAAAGCGCUCAGACGGAAUAUGACGUAGUGGAUCAGCUCACCAACAGAAAAUCUCCCUCUCCAGGUGUUAAUUUGUUUGUGUAAAUAAAGUUUACAACUAAAAUGUAUU